AUGAGUGCCCCCCUGGGUAAAAAGCCGACUGCGUGUGUACCCUGCCACGAACGGAAGGUGCGCUGUGACUCGACAGUGGUCGGGGUUCCUUGUACUCGCUGUAUCACCCGAGACCGAGCCGGCUCUUGCACUCUCCUUGAACGCGGGCCCAGGGCCAGUGCCACCGACUCCAACAAGCGUCGACGUAUAGUUCAUGGCGGCCAGGCGGCAUCGAAAGAUUCUCAUAAUCCCGAGCCUCACCCGGAACCGGCCUCUCCCUCCCGGCGUCCGCCAACCCCGGCGACAAGUGUUGCUCCGCGGCGGCAUGCCUCCUUCAGUCACAGCCAGAGCGAUGUGGCUCAGGGUCUGUUGGAAUUGUCCCAUGCAGGCGUGACUGCCUCGAUACCCGAGACAAUCCAGCCAGGGCUUCAGCAAGGCCCUCCCGUCUACUACCUGGCUUCGGAUGAGGAUGCGCAUCUGGAGACCUUAUGCCGGAUGGCGGAUGAAAACCCAGUCAUGCUAUCCCCGGUCCCCUUGUACACAUCGGAGCAAGGGCAGCAGGUCAUCGAGUACUAUGGCGAACUCAACUCCAUUACCGUCCUUAGUGAGGUUCUGGGCCAAGCACAGCGCCGGUUGAUCCGCCUCGAUCUUCCAGGCCCUGCGGCGGUCGGCGCCCAGCAAAGGGAGUUCGCCGGCUUGGAUGACGCCGACAUCGCCUAUUUGCGUGCAAAGCACGUCCAUGAUUAUCCUCCCACAGCGACCUGCCGCGCCUUUCUGCACCUGUUCUUCAAGCACAUCUACCCGUAUACCCCGAUCUUUAAUCGACAGCGAUUGGUGAAGGAUUACGAGGAAGGUAGUUGCUCAAGCUUUCUUCUCUGGUCCAUCUUCGCCAACGUCGUCCCAUACGCCACCCCCGAGCUCGUCUUCGAAUCUGGGUAUACCGAGUACGCGAUUGCGCAGAAGGAUUACUUCUCGCGAGCCCGACUGUUGUACGAUUUUGGAUGCGAAAAGGGCCAGCUGAAUCUUCUGCAGGGGUCGCUGCUGCUCAGCUCGUUUCAGAACUCGUUUGCCCCGAAUAAGGACUUUCGGUUCUGGUUUCACAACGCCACUCGCAUCGCGUUGCAGAUGGGAUUUAAUCGACGGGACUUCAAGAGCCAUCUCGACUCAUCUACUCAACAACUGGUGCGGCGGAUCUGGUGGGUGUUAUAUUCGCGUGAUAUCUGGUUCUCGGUGGUCGGAUUUGAAAAUGGAAGAGUCAUCGAUGAUCACGGGAUUGAAUGGCGUCUGCCCGAGGCGGAAGACUGGACUGUCGAGCUGGUCGCUGCCUCGCCGCAUCCAGACAUCAUCCCCCCUGUUACUCCCCUCCACCAACAUUUUCUCACAGAAAAUCGUCGGCUGGCACUGCUUGGCGCGCGCUUUCUCAACCUCCUGGGGCCGAAUCGCCCAACUCCUACGAUCGCAGAAGCCGAAGCAUUCAUCCAUGCCCUCGCGGCGUGGCGUAGUUCAUUCCCGCAGGACUUACUCCUUGACCGUAUCACCCACUGGAACGAAGGUAAUGCCUGGGUCUUGUUCCUCGCGUCCAUGGGCUACCGCCUGGAAUGCUCCUUUUGCCGGACGCUGCGGCAGCGGGCCAGGACUUUGGUGGACAAGAGCCAUGAAUUAGCGACGUGGGCCAAUGACCGGCUCCGGCGAUGCAUCUUCGAACUCGAUACCGUCUUGAAGAGAGCGAUCUUGAACGAUGUCGCACGGUUUUGUCCCCCAUCGCUGAUAAUCUGCAUCUCACAUCUUCUGGUCUUUCAGCUGGACUUGGUCUUGGACUCCAACACCUCAGAGGCACAGAGAAUUGCGGCUAAGACGCAAAUUCACACGGGACUGGCGUAUCUCCGGGAGGUCGGGGAUCGGUGGUUGAAUGCCAAGUGGACUUUCCGGGUGUUUGAUAGUGUGACGAAGAGGCUGGGGAUUACGAUGACUGGAGGAAGGCACGAGCUCAUUAAUCCCUAUCCUCACGAUGAAGGAUGGUCCGGAGUACCGGAUGUCGGAAUGGCGGAGAGUGGCCUCUGGCGAGAGGACGCUGGGGCUGGACCAAUGCAAAACGGGCCGGCGGGUGGGGGACACUCGGCGCCGACGCAGCAGCACCCGCAGCUCGGGGAUGAAAUGCCAAUGCCCGAUCGAUGGAUCGAAAGUCUAUUGACGGAAAUUUUGAUGAGUGGGUUGGAUGAUGGAUUGUUUAGUCUCGUGCCGCCGUAGCCAUGGAGUCAUAUGAUAAGUUACCUGCGUUUGAAGCCGAGACACUCCCCCCACACGUGGCAUCAGUCAGGAUCGGCUUUCUUUAGUGUAUCUGUAUCGUAGACCGAGAGUGCCCGAGCCCCAUUGCCGAAG